UCGCAGUCAAGAUUGCUCACACGCGCACGGAACGUUUUCCGCCGACGGUUUGCGCGCUGACGUUCGAACGGGAAGAAUGGUAUGGUUUCUGCAACAGAUCACCGACACCACAGUAUCUGCGUCGGUACUCUCUAAAGAUACGGGUAACCCCGGACUCUUGUCUGGAGGUGUAAUGGUGCAAACCGCGCCCGGUUUUGUAGUACAGACGCGCCACGUGACGAUGGGCACCAUCAUGAAUGUUGAACACACACUGCUCAGGAGAAUAGACAACGUUAACACAUGGUACGAAUCGCACACAGAGGUGCCGGAUUUCGAUAUGGGACUCUAUCAGGAUGAGAUGGAUACCUUUUUAACCGCAAGCGCACCCUGGCACCCACCCACGAAAGAGAAGGAGGGAGAUGGCGAAUCAAGUGUGGAAGGGGAAAGUGAGAGUUAAACGUACGAGUCAAAAUACAAAUGAAAUAAAUUAAAUAUAAUCCCCCCCCCCCUAUACUCACGAAUAUUAUUCCCGACGCUACAUCUCUCGAAGAUUGUACAAAGCGAAUGCACAAAGCGAAUGCAGCUAGUAUACAAUGUUGCAGCUAUCUUGUGUACAUUUAUAGAGUCCCUUAGAGUGAGAGAUAGUGGAUAGGCAAUACGUGUUUACUAAUAAAUUUAGGCACGGGAAAUUUCUUGGUUCUUG